AUGGAAUAUCAUUCGGUGCCUCCCGAGGAACGCGCAAGAGGACCGAAAGGAAAUCUCCUGCCUUUUGGCUAUGUAUAUAAAGACGAGUCCCGAAACCCGAGGAGACCCCCCGAGGAGACUGGAUCGUUUGGAAAGAGGCGGAAUGCCCGAUACAGCUCUACCCGUUCCGGCACUCGGACUGGCACUCCGGCCAAGCGUGAAAAUCAGAAUGUUGCAGAAUUCGGCAGGUUGUUCGCUCUCCAGCAAGAAGAAGAACAAGCCCAGAGAAAGAUGUUACCUUCCACUGCCUCCUCAACCACAAUCGAUCCCUCUCGCAAAACCGCCGCUCCUGUUGCCACUGAAUGUAUCCUCUAUGGAUACAAGGAUAGGACAUGGGAGUGGAAGGUUAUUGAUCGGUUUGAGCGCAUCUCACAAGGGUUUAUCUGCGAAGAUUAUCCCCGUACCGAUCCGGAUAUCGCUCCAAAAUACCCGCAGUUACUGAGUGCUGGAGACGUAAUACAUAGAAACCUCUCUGCGGAGGCCAAUAAAAAGGCAAAGAGAUAUGCUGGGGGUGAACACUGGAUCAAAGUCACUUUCGACUCUUUCACCUCCGCUGACCGGGCUUGCUUCUUUUCACCUCAAGAAAUUGAUGGAUAUACCGUCCAUUGCGAGCUUUAUCAUGGCCACGGACCCAAUGAUGAUGUUGCUCUUGCAAAAGGAGAUCUUGAACCAAGGCAAGAAAGUUUACCAAAGCCAUAUACAUUACCGCCUUCGGCAACAAAUAAUUUGCUCCAAGGGGGAGAUAUCGAUAGUACCGUUUUCCCUCGUUCCUUCGAAUCUGUUUCUUUCCGACGUGAUAGCCAGCCUUUUGCCGACACGGCCUCUCAACUGUCCACAACUACUGCUAGCUCGGCAACUGCGACCGCCAUAGCAUCUGAGAAUGACGCCGUCCGUCAGCGAGCCCCGCAGAAGUCUCAAUCUGAAUUUAUGACCCACAUCCCAACUGUUCGUCGGGCGGUGCUUCGACCGGUAUCUGAAGCGCUACCUCCACAGCCUUCUGUGGGUGAGCGCAUCAUUCGGUCCAUCCCUAUCCUUAGUUGGUUCAGUGGCGACAUUGUUGGGGAUGGACCCGUUUUGAAAGAAGAUGGUAGUUUCGAUCAUGAGAAAUCGAAUUUAUACUGGCGAUUUUGGUACAUGGUUGAUGUGGUGCUUGGAACAGAUCUAUGUGGAUUAAAAGAGGACUCUUAG